CAAAGGUCAAGGUAACACAUGUAGGAGGCUUGUUGUGUGUGAAGUUUGUUAUUGUGUAGAAGCUCCUAGUCAGUCACGAUGGCAGGUUCAGAGAAUCAGAGGAAUGUCAUUGUAGCAAUUGACGGCAGCGAUUCCGCAGACUUUGCACUUGAUUGGUACUGCAAGAAUGUCCACCUGAAGCAUGACCACGUGGUGUUGGUGCACUGUCCGGAGCUCAACGGGAUGCUGCACUCUCAACGCUGGAACAACUGUGAGUACUUGUUUGACAGGGAAGUGAUGGAGGCCAUGUUGAAAGAUGAGCAGCAAAAAUCCAAAGAUCUUGAAAAGUUUGCAGUAAAGCUCAAGCAUCAUGGGAUUGGCGGGAAGGUGAAGAGUGUCAUGGCUUCCAAACCUGGGGAGGGGAUUAUCAAAGCCUGUGAAGACGAACAUGGCGAGAUGAUCAUCAUCGGGUCACGUGGUCUGGGCACGCUCAGACGUACCUUCAUUGGCAGCGUCAGCGACUACGUGGUUCACCACUCCCACGUUCCUGUGUUUGUCUGUCGGAACAAGGAACUCCAUCAUCACCACCACCACCACCACAACCACCAUCAGGGUGAACAACAGAAGUGUGCCUAGAUGUUCCAGGAACGCGGAGUAGUUGAUACUCUGCAUCUAGGGAACAUGUACCAAAGAGGCACUGUGGCAUUCUUUUGCAUUGAAAAUUCUUGGACAAAAACUUGCAAGAACUUUAAUAAAGAAAUAUCAGAGGUUUUGUUGUUCUGUAAAAUGUAAUGGAAAGAUGUUGACAUAUUCUGUUUGUGUUUUUAACUGUUGUAUGUGCAGAUUUUUUAUUUGAAUACGCUGGUUGUAUCUUGGCAGAAUAAGAAACUAGUUAUCCACUUUUUUAUGGUAUUUGGAAUCAAUGGACAAAGUACAAAGUCUUGCCUAUUUAUUGGAAUAACAGUAUAAACAGGUGCUAUCUAUCAAAGUAGAAAUAGAACACUAUGAAUCAGUAGAUUUUCAUCAGCAUUAUUAAUAUUUAGCAGUGAUCAUUCUUGAAUUUUUUCUAGACAUGUUCUAUGAAAAUGAAAUUUAUGUACAUGUUGAAAUUUGUUAACCGUUUGUUUAAAAAAAGAACAUGAAUAUAAUUGUGAUCUUUUUUUGUCAUCUUUUGUCAUCUUUUAAAAAUGCUAUAUUUCAUGUCACUGUAAAACUCAACAUGCAAAUGAAUGUUAGAUUAACACAAUACUCAUGACACCACCUGUUCUGUGAUAUGCAGAGACAAGCUGUUAUCCAUACCAGAAAUGACCAUCAUUUAUCAUUUUCUUCAAUAAAUGUUUGUUUACAAAGGUCA